AUGACCAAUUCAGAAACAUCCUGCAAGUGUUUUUCAGGCGCCAUACGCCGGCUGCUAUGCACCAGCAGUCUCCCAAUCCCAACACACCCCUCUGAUCACUUUAAUGUAUCAAACACAACCGAUUCCAAUCUUCACAAAGAAAAACCUCUGCCAACGACUGAGCCUCUAGUUCAAGCCCCAGCCACCAUAGGAAUUGUGGCAAGACUAAUGGGUCUAGACCCAUUGCCAGAUUUCACCUCCGUUCCAAAACCAAGAACUCUCGAAUCAAUGCUGCGAAGCAGGUCUGUGAAUUAUGUAGAUUACUUACCACAAUUUGAUCUGUCACAAGCGCAGCAUCGAAGAGUAAGAACAUCGGUGUCAUUUCGCGAAGUUCCGGUGUUCAUAGAUGCACAAGAUCAUGAAUUCUUUGUACUGUACUCUAGUAGGAGAGGGGUUGAAACCAUUAAGGGGGGAUUGAAUGUGAGAAAAGCUGAUGUGGGGAAUCAAGAACUGAGGCAGAAAAAGGUGGAGGGAAGUAUGAAGAAGAAGAAGAAGAACAUGAGAGAGAGUGUGUGUGUGAACAAGGAGAAUCAAGAGAACAAUAAGAAGUCCUAUAAGAGAAAGGAGGAUCCAAAGAGGGUCUCUGGUGAAUCUCCUUCAAGAGUUGGCAAUGGUGUGCCUCAAAAGAAGAAUCUUCCCAGAAAACCGAGGGAAACUUUGGAAGCGAAAAGCCCGGUGAAACGUAUAAAUCCCAAAGAAGUAUCUGUUGGAUCUAAGUUUACAACGAAGAAGAAAACGACUAGAUUUGGAGCUAAGAAAGUAGAACCAGAGCCUUCUUGUAUCUCAGAAAAUUCAAGUACAGUUUCAGUCCCAGAUUCUCCAAAAAACCUUGAAGGCCCUAUGACAGAAGAAGAUUCAGGGCUAAUGGGUUUGAAUCCAAAGAAGAAAUCUUCACCAAAAAUCACCAACUAUGACUACCCAUGUCCAAAUCUCCUUCGAAAGUCAUCACAUACAGAGGAUCAUCAUCAAGAACAUAGAGUAAUCAGUGGUGAAGCUGACAAGCCAGUUAAGAGUCAAGAGAGUGAUUACUACACUAAACUUCUCAGACAGAUGUGUAUAUUAACAGAAGAAGAUUUGAAAGAGUCUAACUGGGUAGCAGGGGAAGUCUCAAAGUUUGAAGAUAUUGAAGAGAUAUGCCUCCAUUUUGGUCAACAAAUUCUAGAACAACUGUUGACCCAAGUCGUUCAUGAACUUGUAAUGCUUCACUGAAGUAAAUUUAGACAUGUAAUUCUCACAAAAAGCUAUUGACAAAAACUUGUUACAAAGUUUAGAUUAAUUUUCUCUCCUUUUCACUCUUUUUUUCCUUGCUUAAGUGUGAAC